AUGUGGCGCGGUUUCUCAAACAACGGCCCCAGAUACGAUCCUGAUGCCUACAAUGAAGCAACGUACCAACAGAGACCACCGCCUCGCUGGGGCCCCGAACCAGCAAGGUUCGACUCGACACCACGGCAGCGAGAAUGGAACACCGAACGAGGAAGAUGGGAAAGAGAACGCCAAGACUUUACAUGGCAAACAGAAACCCUCCAGCAGAUGACUGAGGCGCUAAGACAGAGCGAACGCAAUGCCGAGCAAGCUCUGGAACGAGAGCGCCAAAGACACGCAUUUGAAUUGCAGGCUGCCGAGUGCAGUAAUGAGAGAUUGCGCGCACAAAUGAACACGCUCCUCUCCUCCAAAGAUGAGGAAUGGUAUCAACUACGGCAGAAGCUAGACCAGUGUCACAUUGCUUAUCAGCAGGAGAUUGAGCAGAUCAAAGCGAACCAGGAGACUAUCCAAAGAGAAAACUUUGACUUGCACUACGACCUGCAGCAAAUGAGUCUCCAAAGUCCGAUCGAGAGUGAAGACGUGUUGGCGCCCGACACCCACUACACUGCCACUUCUGACGAGGUUUGGAGAUCGCAAUUCAGUCUAUGUCUGCAAGGUCAAUGCUGUUCCUUUGUCAGUCUAAAAAAGCAUCAAUGGCAGUAUUGCACGAAUCCCAGUAAAGAUUCUUAUGGCUAA